GGCGCGCGGGGUGCCGAGGAGGGCGGCGGGCGGCAGGGCACCUGCGGUCUGCGCUCCGCGGCACUUAUGCGGCGCCUGCUGCAUGCGCGCAGGAGGCGGGAGUGGCCGGGGCCCGCACGGGUGUCCUCGUCCGGACGGACACCAGCUCCGCCUCCGUCCUGGCCCGGACUCGGUCCGCCCGGAGAUGGGGGGCUGCGGACGCGAAGCAAACAGUCGGCGAGGCUCCGAGGAGCGACGGGCGGGCAGAGAGCGGUACCGGGUUUUAGGAAGAGGAGGGGCAGGUGCUGCAGGCUGGCGUGUGCGUCCCUGCAGCGCCACGGGCUCCACACGGCGGCGAGGCACUGCAAGGCCCGCACGGGCGCCGAGCACCUGUGGCUGACGCGGCACCUGAAGGACCCAUUCGUGAAGGCGGCGAAGGUGGAGAGUUACCGGUGUCGGAGCGCCUUCAAGCUCCUGGAGGUGGACAGGCGGCACCGGAUCCUGCGGCCCGGCCUCCGGGUGUUGGACUGCGGGGCGGCCCCGGGGGCGUGGAGCCAGGUGGCGGUGCAGAGAGUCAACGCUGCCGGCACAGAUCCCAGCAGUCCCGUGGGCUUUGUGCUCGGGGUCGAUCUUCUUCACAUCGCCCCCCUGGGAGGAGCGACUUUCGUGUGCCCCGCUGACGUGACGGACCCACGGACCCUGCAGAGAGUCCAAGAGCUGCUUCCUGGCGGGAGAGCAGAUGUGGUUCUGAGUGACAUGGCCCCCAACGCCACAGGCAUCCGGGACCUGGACCACGACAGGCUCAUUGGCCUGUGCUGGUCGCUUCUGGACAUGGCUCCAGACCUGCUGUGUCCCGGGGGCACAUUUCUCUGUAAAACCUGGGCUGGAAGUCAAAGCCACCGGUUACAGAAGAGACUGACGGAGGAAUUCCAGAGCGUGAGGACCCUGAAGCCGGAGGCCAGCAGGAAGGAGUCCUCAGAGGUGUACCUCUUGGCCACACAGUACCGCAGAGCCCGGGGGCCUGGGGGGGCCUGAGCUCCCGCCCGCCCUUGCCGGGCCUGGUCACUGCACUCUGCGGGGCUGGGCGGCCCGGGCUUGACCGGGAGGCAGCGGGCAGGACAAGUGGGGAUCUUUCUAAACCGAAGAGGACAGAACUGUAUUCAGUGGCCAUGAUAAAAAACGGUCUGUCA